AGAAAGUCAUGACAUCCACUUAUAUAGCAUAUAGCAUGAAUGAAAAAGACCAGAAGAGCAGACCAAACCACAGUUCUCAGCCGCGGUUUGUCUUUCAGCUCAGGAAGUUGAGGCCAGAGCUGACACGGGCAGUUAUUUUCCCCUUAUCUUGCCUUAUUCUGUCCUGCUUUGACUAAACAAGAGGAAGAACCAGGGAGGAGAGAAGGCGGGAUUUGGGUGAAGCUGAGAGUGAAAAGAAAAAGAGAAAGAAGGUUACCGAGCAGUCCAACAGUCAACUUUCAGAAGUUAUGAUGGAAGCCAAUGCUGAUUCUCAGGAAACGGGCCUCACGAACACUCUGACAGGAGCUCAUACCACCCCUGCCCUCCCCUCUACAAGGCCAUGUCGACCCAAGCCUCCUCCUCCCACCACGAAGUCCUCCCAAAUCCCUUCUCGACCUCCCCUACCUCCACCCACUCCUCCGUCACUCCCUUUUACUCCUAAACUUCCUUCCCCGCUCUCCUCGAACCCACCUGCUCCAUCUCUCCAAUCGCCUCUCUCCCCGACCCCAUACACUGUGUCUCCCUCACUUCUCCUCGAGAGCUCUAUCAGCGGUGAGCGUACUCCCUCCUUCGCUCCUGUCUCUUCACUCUCACCCCAGGUAGAUUCAACCCCCCCCCCUUCCUGCCCAGCUUCUCCCCCUGCCAUCUCAUCGGCCUCUCCAACACCAAUGCUGAGCCUUAUAGAUCUCUUGGUGGGCAGCAGUUCUGUAUGGCUCACCAAAGAACUCAGCCAAGAACAAAUCACUUGCAUCCUGCGAGAGGAGGCUGCAGGGAUCUUUCUGGUUCAAAGCACAGAGGAGCACGGGAUGAUGCUGUCGGUGCGCCUGCCUGAGGAGGAGGAAACAAUGCCAAUACACAACCUGAAGGUCAAACAGCACAAGACAUUUCUUCACUUAGACGGUUCGGCGCUGGUUUUUGAUGAUAUCUACAAACUCAUCUCCUUCUACUGUGUCAGCAGGGAUAUCCUGGCUGCACCACUGAAAUUACCGCAAGCUAUUUCAAUGGCAACACAGAAAGAGGAGCUGGAGAUCAUCUCUGCUAUGUGUACAGACUUUUGGACAUCAGAUACGAACCAGAAGACAAAAAAACAGAACCUAGUUUUGGACCAGAAUGCCAACAUGGUUUAUUUGUAUAUCAACCCAAUCACUUUGGCAGAGACUCCAACCAAGCAGCCAAAAGACUUCACCGAGUCCAAACUACUAAUCAACACCCCUAAAAGCAUCAUUUCCUACUUGCUCAAUGGAGAAUCCAACCAGAAGGAAAACAGAGACAUUAAAAAUCAGAUCAAGACUAACUUGAACCAGGACAUGAAAUUCAAGCGGCCUCCUCCCAGGCCGCCCAGCCUGGGAUCCGGCUCUGGGAUGGGUCUGCUCUUCUCAUCUCCCCCGUUAGAAAAAAGCUUUGUAGCUGACAGAAAAGAGGAAGGAAGGGUGGGGGGAGGUGACAAAGAAGAGAGGAAGACAGCGUUGACAUCACCUCCUCCAUUAAGACCUCCUGUUCCCCCGCAGAGUCGAGCCAUCCCCUCGCUGCGCCCUGCUCCUCUACGCCGCACUUCCUCCAGGAACAGUACAGAUGGCGGGGACAAGGGCCAAAAACCUGGGAUGGGACCUGAAAAGGAAGGGGAAGGACUACGAGAGAAAGCGAAAACAUUUCUGGUGGAUGAGGGUGUUGAACUGUCAGACGCGAGCGGUAGAGAGAGAGCUGCGAGCAAGGAUCAAGAAGAGAACAAACAACAAUUUAGUCCUCAAAUUUUAGCGAAGAGACCCACUCGACCGAUACCUCAGCCAAGGAAGAAACCAUCCUCACCUAAUGGCCCAAACGGUGGACUGGCCAAUCAGAACACUGGGACAAAAGUAGGCCCUCCCUCCCUGGCACCAAGACCAGAUGCGUCACUGUACUCUCCUCAGGGGGGCGCCAUGCUAGAUCCCGACUCCUACUCUAACAGCAGCACCGAAGAAGAAGGAGAGAUGAAUCUGGAGCAAGAUCAAAAUCAUAAUUUUCCGUCAGAGAAUCGCGGCAGCAAAAUAAAGAGGAUACCAACCACCAUCAUGUUGGGCAAAGCUCGUUCUCGCCUGUCUACCGUUAUCACCGGUCUCAUCAAUCACGACCGUCGGCUCUCCCAACGCAUUGUGGAGCUGGCCAGAGACCCCCUGAGCUAUUUUGGUAGCCUGGUGAAAGAGCACCGAGCAUUUACCCUUGAGACCAUGUCCAACCACGCGACUUCCACUGAGCUGUUACAGGAGAUCAGACAGAUGAUGACUCAAUUAAAGAGUUACCUGCUGCAAAGUACUGAACUUCAGGCCAUGAUGGAGCCGCAGCAUCAGUUCUCACAAGACAAACUGGAGAGCAUCGUCGAAGCAGCUCUGUGUAAGAGUGUACUGAAGCCACUGAGGGAGCCUGUUUACCGCAGUCUGGAGAAACUGCACACCAACAAUGGCAGCCUUAGGCAACUUGCACAGAACCAGUCUGUAGUUCUCGGCAGUACCACCACAGCUCUGGGAGUCACCACCGCCAUCCCAGAGGCCUCUGCAAUGGAGAAGAUUAGCGUGAAACUCAGUAAUCUGCAUCUUGAAUACUCUCCUCCAAAGAAGAUUGAGCUCCUGCUCAAGGCCUGUAAAAUCAUCUACGAGUCCAUGUCUGUCAGCAGUCCAGGGCGGGCCCAUGGAGCUGAUGACUUCCUGCCUGUAAUGAUUUAUGUCCUGGCUAGAUCUAAUCUGUCAAAUUUACUGCUGGAUGUGGAAUACAUGAUGGAGUUGAUGGACCCUGCACUAACAAUAGGAGAAGGUUCAUAUUAUUUGACGACCACGUACGGCGCUCUUGAGCACAUUAAGACGUUUGACCGGCAGAAAUCAGGCCCACGUGAGCUGAGUAAGGAGAUUCAGGACUCCAUUCAACGGUGGGAGAGACGACGCACGCUCAACCUGGAAUGGUUGGACCAAAGAUCUGUUCAGGAAUUCUUGACAGUAUGCUCUCCUGACAUUGGAAGUAAUCCCAAAACUCUCGGCAUCCUUCCCACCACCACAGUCCAACAGCUGACCGAACAGUGUGCUGCACGCUUUGAACAAGAUUCAUACAUCCUCAGCAUCUAUGAAAAUGGUGUUCGGCGGCCCCUGGCAGCUGCAGAGCUGGCACUGAGUGUGAAGAACAAAUGUCAACCAGGAACAUAUUGCUUCAUCUAUCACCCCAUUGACCAUGGAUCAAUCCAACAUGCCUGGUCUGGCCGCAGCUGUCCCACUAGCCCGCCCCCGAGACCCCCACCACAAAGCGUUUUCCAAAACAUUUCAACUGUCGAUACUGAAAAUACAGAAGAAGAGGGAUGUCUGAUUAGCUGGUAAUUGCUUCACUGCCGCAGCAGCUGCUGUUGUAUUGCUCUGUAACCGCAACACUGGUGCUGAAUGCAAAAGCGAACAUUUGGCUUCACCUGAUGCUUUGAUGAAGCCUGGAAGAAUAUCUUAAAGGCCUCAUGCAAUGUAUUUUUUCCCCAAUUGUUUAUGAAUAACAUCGGUCAAAAUGAUUCUGACAUGGUUUAAGAUUGACAUCUAUGCAGUUGGACGUCUAUGCAAUAGGCUUUGAAAGGCAAAGCCAUGCAGAAAUGAGCAGAUUUGAAUUUGUGACGUAAGAUUGCCCACUUACUUCACGGUUGCUACACGGCCACUCAACUCAGAAAAAAAAAUGACUGAUGGCGACGACACACCAGCGUCUUGCGUAAAGCUAAAACUUUCCAUCAGCUCAGAGGAAUCGAGCAAUAAACUGCUUGAAUUUAUGUUUGGGAGAAACUCAAAGUAUUGCAUUACCAUGAAGGUGGGUUUAAUGGGACCUUUAAUGUCUUUUUGUUUCCAGUCAGUCUCAAGUCCGUGCAAUGUUCAAAUAUAGCAUAACAUGCCGGCUGUGUGAUUAAUUGUCUAUACGUGGGGUCUGGAACUCCUUUUUGUAAAACUACUUUGUUUAUGCUGCAAUGCAAUGUUAAUCAUUUUGUUCAUGUAAUUCAUGUUUAAUAAGGCUGCGAUUGACGAGUGAAAAGUCCAGGGUGUACCCUAUUUCUCUCCAAAUGUCAUAUCCUGGUCACCGUGAAUGGUAGAAAACGGAUGAGUGGAUAUUUAAUUGGGAACAUUUUCUGAUGUUCAAAACAGUUCCUGUACUUACAUUACCAAAGUCAAGACCAAGAAA